AUGCCAAUAAGCCAAUCUGUUGGUGAAUCAAUACUAAGGGUUGUUAUUUUCUGCCAUAUCGCUCAGAUCAAAUACCCAGUUGAGAGCGUGGAAACAUUAUAUUUUUGGAAAAUAUUCGUCUGGACAGAAUCACCUUAUCGAGCAGGUAACUGCUCUGAAGCCUUUGUUAUCUGUGAUGGACUAGCAGAAUGUGUUGAGACCAAGAGUAACUACUCAUUUCAAUGUAUUUGUGGAGAAGGUUCUAUGGGAGACGGAUUUAAAUCUGGAACUGGCUGUUUCUUUGAGAACGAACCAUGUACUAAGAAGGAAGACUGUCACAAAGAUGCUUACUGUGAUCUGGGUGGAGAAAAUAUUUGCAAGUGCAAUGAAUAUUAUGUAGGUAAUGGUAAAGACAUAUGUUUGGAUAUUGAUGAAUGCAAAUCGAGCCCUUGUGCUCCGGAAGGUGGUAAUUGUCAAAAUCAAAUCGGGGGUUUGCCGACAUGUUCUUGUGAUAUAGGUUAUGAGGGAGAUGGUUUAACUUGCACCAGAAUUUGUUUAUUCGACGACGACUGCUUUUCGCUUGCCUCGUGUGUAAAUAAAGAUUGUAAAUGUAAUUCGGGAUAUGAGGGUAAUGGAUUUAUCAGCUGCACAGAUAUAAAUGAAUGCGAGGUCAACCCUGGAAUAUGUACAGCUCCAGCAGUGUGUAAAAACACACAGGGUGGCCACACAUGUGGUUGUCCGAAUGGUUAUUCUGGAAAUGUGGGAAAAUGCACCCUAUUACCCAAGGAUUGUCAGGAAAUCUUUGAGAACGACAUGACUGCUAAGAGUGGGGAUUAUUUUGAAAUUGACACUGAUGGAGCAGAUCCUAUAGAUUCUAUGAUGGUUAAAUGUGAAUUUAGAGAUGAUGUUGGAAUAACAAUAAUGGAGCCCAACACAAUAAAACCUUCUACCGUUGGCAGUACAGAGAUAUCUAUAUCUUACAAACCAGGAACAAUAGAACAAGUUAAGGAUCUUGUUUCAAAGUCCGCUUUUUGCUAUCAGUCACAAUGGCUAGAAUGUUCUAACGGAUUUGACCUAUUUAAAGACGGCCUAUUCUAUUGGACUGAUGGAGCUGGAAAUUCAUAUAAAACAUGGGGCGGGUCUGGAGAAGAUGGCCAGUGCCCAUGUGGUGUAUUAGGAUACUGUGAACAAGGUGUACCAUGUAACUGUGAUGGUACCUCGACUACUACUGGUCAUGAUUUUGGAAAAAUUAUUAAUGGAUCAAUGUUACCAAUAGCUACUUUACAAUUUAAUACAGCCAGUAACGGUGCAGCUAAAUACAAAGUUUCUGAAGUUGUUUGCGCUUCAAAAAUUAUAGAUAUACUAAAAGAUUGCGAUCAGAUAAAGAUGGAUGGUUUUGAAGAAAAUGGUCCACAAUACAUAGAUAUUGAUGGUCCAACUGGUGAUCUUCAACCAACUUUGGUUCAUUGUGAUAUGACACAAUAUGAUCACGUUGGGUUGACGGUAAUGCCACAUGAUAUAAAAGAGCCAAUAAUUCCGGAUUCGGGUGGUCCCAUUGACCUUACCUAUCUCACACCAGAUGACGUGAUCCAAGCAAUAAUACAGGCUUCAGCAUUCUGCUUCCAAAAUAUCAGAUAUGAAUGUCGGAAUGCACCAAUAACUUUUGAAGGAGAACAAAGAGUGUAUGUUAAGGCUGGAGGUGGUAAUGGAACUCAGUUAAAUUAUUUUCCCGGUGGAAAACAGCGGGAAGGAUAUUGUGGAUGUGGAGUAACAUGUUCCUGUGUGAAUACCAAUUAUACCUGUAACUGUGACAUAACGGAUAACGUCACAAGAUAUGAUAUAGCCAAUCAUACAAUCAAGGAAGAUUUACCAAUAAAAUCUUUUUAUGUCAACUUAAGUCUACCUGAUUCGUAUUCAAGAAUUAUUGUCGGUCCCCUGUUAUGCAGCGAGCAGCAGUUCGGAAUAGAGCCAAAUUGCGAGAAAUACAGAAAUAUAGGUGUAGAAGAUCCUUACACUUACUUGAUCGAUCCCGAUGGUCCAAAAGAUCCAGAAAAGCCCACUGAAAUCAAUUACGAACCAUUUGAAGUCGAAUGUCAGUUCAAUGCAAAUCCACCACAAGGUGUCACAAUAGUUCAUCAUGACCAAGAAGGCCCCAGAGAUGUGACUUCAGACGACUUUCAGUUCGAAAUGGUCUAUAAGAAUGUGGAUAAAAAAGGCCAAAUAGCACAUUUGAAAGAUCGGUCAACCUUUUGCGGACAAUCUUUGGACUUUGCUUGCACCAAUACUAAACUUCACAAUGGUCCUGAAGAAGGAGUAACGUGGAAAGAUAUUGAUAGUAAUAGCCACAGCUAUUUAUCUGGCGGUGAAGCGGGAGAUACUGGAUGUAGAUGUAAUGUUGAAAACAAUCUUAAUUGUGCUGAGGGAGAUAAAAUCUGUAACUGUGAUGCUGAUGCAGGCGGAAAUUACAACGAUGACGGCGAGUUGGGAAAUAUCACCCAUUUACCAGUUUCUUCUCUUGACUUUAUGGAUAUAAGAAAUGAUAUUGGUUCCCUGCAAUUUACGCUUGGACCUUUGAAAUGCUUUGAAACCUUCACUACCUGUUACGAUAUGGAAAAAUUUUUGAAAGAACAGAAAAAACUCGGUGAAGCUAAGCUUGAAAAUGGUAAAUAUACAAUUGAUCCUGACCGAUCCGGAGAUAAUCCACCAUUCACCGUAACCUGUGAAUUUCCUUUUACAGUGGUCAGUACUGGUCCAGCCAAUUUAACAGGACCAGACCCUGGUUCAACUGAAUGUUAUACUGUUGAAUACUUUGAUUUUGAUGGUAAUGCUUUAACGGGAUCUCAAGUAGCUUAUCUUGUGUCAGAUUCCGACUACUGUACACAAAAACUUGAAUACGAGUGUAAGAAUGCCCCUUUAACUGGGAACGUAAAUUAUACAACUUGUGACGGCCGGCCACAAACAGGUUGGGCAUUAAGUAGUGGAUACGACAUGUGUUCUUGUGGUUUAACUGGAACAUGUGUUGGAGGUUUAAAUGAGAAAUGUAAUUGUGACACUGUGAAUGGUGAGAAAGAUGAAGGCACGAUAUACAAUUCUACAAGAUUACCAGUUUGUGAAGUGUGUAUAACUGUAGAUCCUCUUGGUGGCAAUAAUCCUCCUUCACCUGGUGGUGUGCGAUCAGCCUCAUAUGAUGUUGGGAUGCUAAAGUGCUCUGGAGCAGGAUUUGUUGGUGAAGCUCAUUGUCAAGAUCUAAGAGUCACUUCUACCACAUCUGGUGUUUCCUACAUCGGGGAUAAGGAGGCAGGUUCAGUCGUGCCAGUUUAUUGUGACAUGAUAUCUGAACCACGGAUAGGAAUUAUGGAAUUUCGUUUGAAUGAAACAACUUACACUAUACCAGCGACUCAAGGCAUUGAUAUAUCUCCGGUGUAUUUUGGAUACGGCAAAGAGGAUAUGGAAAGAUUGAUAAAUGACUCUUACUAUUGUACCCAGGAAAUCUUUAUAGAUUGUAAUUCAGGUGCCCUAGAUCUGAGUGGUAUUAAUGGCUGGUACUCUAGAGCUGGUGAUCCACAAGACAGUUGGGGUGGUAAUAUAGGAAAGACAUUAAAAUGUGAAGGUACUGGAUCCAACUGUAAUUGUAACAAAGCCGGUGCACAAACUGAUGGAGGCAUCCUCGGUGAUAAAGCUUUAUUACCGAUUUCUAGAGUUGUUCUUGAACCACACUCGUCAGAGCGUAUACUUAGGAUUGAACCAGUUAAAUGUUAUGAAUUGCGUCCAGAUUGCUACCAAAUUAUGAUGAGUGGAAACACAAAAACACCAUAUUCUGAAGAUCGUUAUGUCAUAGAUCCAGAUGGUCCUGAUGGUGUAGAUCCAUUUGUGGUUACAUGCUCAUUCAACUCGGAAGAAGACAACGCUAUUACAGAGGUUCCGGUAGACAGUGGUGCUAAUAAUCCAAUCACUGGUAAAGUUGCAGAUUUUGGUUUUCCUGUUCCUAUCACAUAUAAAGAUGCUACACCCGAACAAAUCAAUGUAUUGGCCAACCAAUCUCCGUUUUGCCAUCAGGGCGUGGAGUAUGAAUGUACCAAAACACCUAUCAAUGGAUCUGUAGACUAUCGACUGUAUGAUAAUACCAUAGCCACUGGGUUUGGUACUGGAUAUGAUACAAAUUCUUCUGUAUGUCCAUGCUAUGCUCUUGGGUAUUGUGAUGGUUUCGCUUGUCGAUGCGAUGAAAAACUAUCAUCAAAACAACGAGAUGGUGGAGAAAUUACAGACAAAAAUAAUUUACCAAUAACAGUUGUUAAUGUAGGAGGCCAAGUCGAGGCUGGAGCUUCGGCUAAUGUUAAAGUAGAUUCGGUCAGAUGUGAAAAGAGACCUAUUGAUUUACCUGAGAAUUGUGAAGAGGCAAAGGUAAAAGGCUAUAAAACCGGAGAGGUAAUGAUCUAUCCAUCUUCUUCACUAGAUCCAUUCUUUGUGUAUUGUGAUAUGGAAAUUAAUCCGGGACGUGGUACUGCUGUCGUCCUACCAGAUAUUGAACCGGAUCAACCUGUAGCCUAUGAUGGAGUUGCUGUAAAUGUUACUUAUAAAGGUUUAACGGAUGCCCAAUUGCAGGCCCUUGUUUCUAAUUCUUAUAGAUGUUAUCAACCAGUUAGAUAUAACUGCAGGAAGACAAAUUUUGUUGGAGGUGAUAAAUUUUCAUGGACCAGCGUUGAUGCCAGUGUCAAUAAAUAUUUUGGAGCUGGAUCAACUGGUGAAUGUACCUGUGGGAAAGAGAAUAAAUGUGCUGGUAGUGGAGAUAAAAGUGAAAUGGAGGCUAGAGAUUGUAAUUGUGAUAUGGGUGAUGACGAAGAUAGAAUCGACGCUGGUAUUUUAUCUGUGAAAGAAGAUUUGCCGCUACGAAGUUACACCUUUUUACCAACUGGUCUUGAUGGAUCGUCUGGCAAUAUUACUAUCGGCCCUUUGUAUUGUGGUCAAAAUACCAUUAAUCUUGAUGAAUGUGAACAAGGUUUUCAUGAUUGUCACCCUCUUGCUACGUGCAGUAAUUUACAUGCAGGCUAUUCAAAUCCAAGCUCAAGGCCAGGCUUUAAAUGCAGUUGUACUGCAGGCAAUCGAGGGAUAGCUAAACCGCAACUUUUUGUAAACGGACGACAAUGUUUUGGUGAUUUCCUAUGUACUUGUAAUAAAGGUUACGAAAAAAUGGAGAAGACAGUUUGCCGAAAUAUCGACGAAUGUGUAGAAGUGCAAUAUCCUAAUAACUGUGACCUCAAUGCUAAAUGUUUUGAUACAGAAGGAUCGUUUUACUGUAAAUGUAAACGUGGUUUCCGUGGUGAAGGAACAAAUGGAACGUGUGAAGGUGUUGGUAUCUGUGCUUGUUUUGGUGAUCCACAUUGUAUCUCAUUUGAUAAUAAAUGGUUGGAUUUCAUGGGUGAUUGUCAAUACGUUAUGGCUCAGGAUGGAUGCGAUGGAUCUGAGAGGACGUUCGCAGUUUGGACACACAAUUGGGACAUGAAUAGAGAUAUCCAGGGAAUAACAUGGGUUAAAGAUGUUACAGUUGUAAUUGGAGACACGAAAAUCUUUCUUGGUCCAGACCGUGUGAUACGUAUAAAUGGAAGAGAAUUUUUAGGGUACAGAAAAGAUGGUAUUUCAGUUGAUGACAACGGUAGAGAGGUUGUCAUCACAGCUGAUUUUGGUUUGGAAGUAGCAUGGGACGGAGGUGAUGAAGUAGAGAUAUUUUUAGAUAAAUCUUAUGUUGGUAAAACUUGUGGAAUAUGUGGUGAUUUUGAUAGUGAUGAAGAUAAUGAUUGGAGAAUUGGUGAUUAUUGUACGGCUGCUAAAGGCCAAAUUACACCAAAUGGCAACAUAUUUGGUCAUUCGUGGGUAGUACAAGACUAUUUAACAGAGCAUCCCACUUGUGUGGCUGAUUGUAAUGCUGCACCAACAGAUUACAGUGGUUGUAGUGAUACGUUAUAUAACUAUUAUUGUGAUAGAGUUUUUGAUCCAGAAAUAUCACCAUUUAAGACAUGUCUGGAAGUUAUGGAUGAACCUCUUAGAGACAGAUUGAAGUCUACAUGUCUAUUUGACAUUUGUCAAGUAUCUAAUGAUAUUGAACUGGGAAUGUGUGCCAGUGCUGAACGUCUAGUCAAUGAAUGCAAUAAGAAUUUAGACACAGAAACUGGACUAUGGAGGAAAUUGGGCUUCUGUGAAAUUCAAUGUGGAAAAAAUCAAGAAUAUAGGACUUGUGGUCCUAGAGGAUAUCCAGCCAAAACAAGACAGCCGUUAUGUUAUGAUAUUAGAACACAUAGUCCAAUUCAUCUAUUGGAGUAUUGUGCUGAAGGAUGCUAUUGUUUACCAGGCUAUAUUUUAGAAGGAAAAGACUGUGUUCUACCUUCAGAAUGUGGUUGUAUUGCAGACGGUGUAUACUUAUCUGUUGGUCAAACCUUUAUCAAUGAUGACUGUACAAGUACUAGAAAAUGUUUAUCAGGUGGUAAUACGAGUGAUAUAACUAUAGCUUGUUCUCAGUUCGCUACUUGUGGUCUAGAUACUGUCAAUGCUGUAUUUGGAUGUAAUUGUAAUGAUGGAUAUAAAGGAGAUGGAAUAAACUGUGGAGAGGACAAUUGUUACAAUGUAACCUGUGGUAAAAAUAUGGAAUGUGAAAAUGCUAUUUGUCAGUGUAAGAAAGGUUAUACAGGAGAUUGUAAUAACUGUGAGGACAUAGAUGAAUGUGCCACCCAAACACAUGAUUGUAUUCAUAUUGGUCAGAAUUGUACUAACAAAGAUGGUGGAUAUGAGUGUGCCUGCAUCAAGGGAUAUGUACCUUAUGGACACUAUUGCUUAGAUAUUGACGAAUGUGAAGCUGGGUUUGACAAUUGCGGAGAUCAUUCAGAAUGCGUUAAUACCCAUGGCAGUUUUGAAUGUAGCUGUUGUGCUGGUUACAAAAAAAGUGGUGAUAAUUGUGUCCUUGAUGGUACAUCAGCUACAAAUGGUGCUAAAUGUUGUUCUUGUGCCGGAGAGGGUUGUAGUACAGAUGUUAAAGUUUGUGCAGAAAAUGGUACCACAUAUCCGCAUGAAAAAGCAUUACGUAUAGCUUCAUGUAGAAAUGACUUCUUUGUAGAUAUCAGUUAUUAUGGACAAUGCCAAGCCGAUUGUACUGGUGUCAUUUGUGAAAAACCGUACGAAGUUUGUUCCAUCGACCCGUUAUAUAACAAAGCUAUAUGUGCUUGUCCAAAAUGUGACGGUUCUGGAGGCCCUGUUUGUAGCAGCAGACUGGUAUUAUUUGACAGUAGAUGUGAAUUUGAAAGAAUUAUGUGUGAGAUAAAAGAUAAUACAACUUAUAUUGAGGAGGAUGUAACACUGUGUGAUAAAGUUUUGGGCGAACCUGUCAGUCCAUGGACAGCCUGGAGUGACUGUAGUGUAGAUUGUGGUGCUGGAGAAAUGACAAGAACUAGAGUUCAGCUAAGAGCUAGAACUACUUAUGAAUUACGUGUGUUACCUUUACUAGAGACGGCUAUAUGUUAUGGUAAUUGUACCAAUGGCCCCUGCUUCGGUUUCAAUUGUACAGUGUAUGGAGAGGUCUGUGUCCCAACAGUAGAUAAUACACCAGAGUGUAUUUGUCCAAACUGUACAUUCAGAGAAGAUGAUCCAAUCUGUGGUCUAGUUGGAGACAAACAAUCCACAUUUAAAAAUAGAUGUGAACUACAGAAGAAAGCGUGUGAAGUUAAUCAGAAACCACAUGUACUUAGUGAAUCUCCUUGUGGAGCAUUACCAUUAAACUGUUCGAUGUUUUCUAAAUAUCAAGAUUUGUCAGAUGGAGAAUGUUUCUCAGGACCAGUGCCUAUUGGUACGUGUGAAGGUGGAUGUGGAAUCAAUCCUGAUUAUUGUUGUGAAACUCAGACAAUGGGUGUAGUAGAGUAUGAUUUACUGUGUAACAAUGGUUCCACACUGCAUAGACAGGUACCAUCUAUUACCAGUUGUUCCUGUAAUGAUUUGGGACACACUACACCUGCUUAGUAAAAUAAUUCAUAUUAUGAAUGUAAUAAAAUAUUCGAAGACGCA